AGAAUCCUCGUAGCUGAGUUCCGCACAGGCAUCAUCAAACUCAACUUGGUUUGACCCUACGCAGGGCUAAAACAUAUCUUUUGUUGCUGUUCUUUUCCACAAUUCCCUCUCUCUCGUCCUUUUUUCACUGCAUUUUAGCGCCCAAUACAAAAACCACAUACAAAUCCUCAGGGCCAACACAGAAGUUUCCAUAUUUAUAAAAGUUCCCACCUCAAUUCUAAUCACAAAAAUCUAGGGUUUUUUAUCUUAAAAAAUUAUGACUGCUGUCCCUUUUCUUCCAUCGUGAUCUUCUGCUUCGACAAACUUAAAUUCGUUCAGGAGUUCUUGCGGAGAAUCAAUGGGUCGUUCUCGUGGGAAUUUUCAUCACGCGGAUGAGGACCCCAACCAGAGAUCAAGGAGAAAAAAGAAUGCCGCCAGUGGAGAAAACUCUGAAUCUGGAGCUGCAGGUCAAGGAGCAGGAGAAGGGAAAAAGGCUCUGUACCAUUGCAAUUAUUGUAAUAAAGAUAUAACUGGAAAAAUCCGUAUUAAGUGUGCCAUGUGCCCAGAUUUUGACUUGUGUAUAGAGUGCUUUUCCGUUGGAGCUGAGGUGACACCUCACAAAAGCAACCAUCCUUACAGGGUUAUGGACAAUUUGUCUUUCCCUCUUAUUUGCCCAGACUGGAACGCAGAUGAUGAAAUUUUGCUGCUAGAGGGAAUCGAAAUGUAUGGCUUGGGAAACUGGACAGAAGUCGCUGAGCAUGUUGGAACCAAAAACAAAGAGUCAUGCAUCGAACACUAUAAGAACAUAUACUUGAGCUCCCCAUUCUUUCCUGUUCCGGACAUGUCUCACGUGGUUGGGAAAAACAGAAAAGAACUUCUUGCCAUGGCAAAGGGGCAGGGUGAAGACAAGAAAGGAAUUUCCAUGGGGGAUCUUAGUUUAAAGGCAGAAUCUCCCUUCUCUCCAUCUAGAGCCAAGGUUGAAGAUUCACAUAAAGCUGGCACUGCUAAUCGUUUGUCUUCCAAUUUGAAUUCAGAUUCUGGUCCCUCGGGUAACACACACUCUGCCGCUGGUGCUAACCAAAAGGCAUCUAAUGUGGCCAGGGGAAAAGGUGGUCCUGGAGUCAUUAAAAUGGAAGAUUCUCAGAUAGACAGAGAUUUUGGAGGAAAGAAGCCAACUUCCUCAGGAAAUGAAGGCCCUUCUUUGGUAGAAUUGAGUGGUUACAAUGCUAAAAGACAAGAAUUCGAUACUGAGUAUGAUAAUGAUGCUGAACAACUACUCGCUGAAAUGGAAUUUAAGGAUACUGACUCUGAGGAAGAGCGAGAGUUGAAAUUACGUGUAUUGCGUUUAUAUUCAAAGAGGCUUGAUGAAAGAAAACGGAGGAAGGAUUUCAUACUCGAAAGAAAUUUGUUAUACCCAAAUCCAUUGGAGAAGGAUUUAACACCCGAGGAGAAGGCAAUGUGUCGAAAAUAUGAUAUAUUCAUGCGCUUUCAUUCUAAGGAAGAUCACGAUGAGUUGCUUAGAACAAUGAUCUUUGAGCAUAGAAGUUGGAAAAAGAUUCAAGAGCUUAAGGAAGCCCGGUUAGCCGGUUGCCGCAAUUCAGCUGAUGCUGAAAAAUAUAUCUCUUUGAAGAGAAAGAGGGAAGCAGAAGAAAAUGCUCGAAGGACAAGGACAAAAGAAAGUGCUCAGGUUGGGCCGAGCAAUCAGGGUAUUCCAAAUGCAUUGACUUCUCCAGAUUCAGCUAGUAAGGAUCUGAGUGCAAGACCUGCAGGGCCAGCUACUUCUAGUUCUGUCAAUGAGAUGGAUGCCAUAGGAUACAGUGGAGCAGAUUUGCUUUCUGAAGCGGAGAAACGUUUGUGCUGUGAGCUAAGAUUGUCUCCAGCCACGUAUCUAAAAAUGCAAGAGCAACUGUCACUGCAAAUACUUGCUGGCACUGUGUCUGCAAAAUCUGAUGCUCAUCAAUUGUUCAAGUUGGAUGCCAUAAAAGUUGACAGGGUGUAUGAUAUGCUCAUUAAAAAGGGGAUCGGUUUACCCUGAGACCUCUUUUGCUUCCUAUCUGUAACUUGGAAUUAGAUUAUUCUCUUCUAGCCUCCCAUAAUUGGAAGUUAGCUUGUAUAACAGGAUCAUAGAAAUUUUGCAGUGCUGUAUUGUGUUUUA